GGCUCUAAGGAGCACGAUUCAGUAACCAAUAGGGUGGCAGGAUUCAUUUGUAAACACGUGUUUACAGAACAUUCCAGCUGUGUAACCGGGCUGGCUGUUGUGGGGAGAGAGGCUGGGUACAACACAACUUACUUGCUUAGUGCUGGCUGGGAUCGACGGAUCUUCUUGUGGGACCUGGAAGCAUCAUGUUUUCACGACACAUUCCGCAACACUGAUCCCAGCGCCCUUGAGAGCGAUGAGCUGGCCUCCGAUGGUAUCAUUAUGGACCUAACGUACAGCGCUGAAAGAAAUGAGUUCGCUUAUGCUUCGUCUGACAAGUUGGUGUACAUUAGACAGUUCUCUGACCGCGGUGCAGAAAUGACUUUGUCAGCGGUGUUACAGGGCCAUGAGGCUGAAGUUACACAGGUUCGCUGGAAUGCUGUGUUGAGCAAAUGGAUCACGGGCUCAGAAGAUGGAACUAUUCGUAUCUGGAGAGGAGAUGGAAUGGGUUGCGACGUGGUGCUGACUGCUCAAGGAGCUGUUUCAGCUCUGUGUAUUGAUCAAGUGAACGGCUGUAUUGUGGCUGGAGUCCAAGAAAUCAUCAGGGUUUAUGAUCCAGACACACGCAAGAUCGUGCAGAAGAAUCUUGGACACAGCGAUUCUGUGCGAUGUAUUAUUCAUAUUCCUGAGAGGAGUCAGUAUAUUUCCGCUUCUUGGGACAAAACUGUAAGGAUAUGGAACGCAUACAAGAAAACUCGCAAAAAGCCUGCGAAAGAGAUGACAGACUUUCCUGACUCAAGCAGUGGUAGUUUUUAGUGUUAUCUGAACGUGGUGAAGAACUAUCCGGGUAAGCCUCCUUUGAGUUCACGUCAACUGGACAGUCCAAUAUCUUUUAAAUAAAUUGUUUCUUACAUUAACUGUGUGCGUCUGGACUCAUCGUGUCAGCUUUGUCUUUGAACGCUGGAUAUAGUGUCACGCUGUUUAAG